ACUUUAGCGUUUAAGAAGUUAAUUUGGUGUGAAUUAUAGUGGAAAGAAGAGAAAUACGGAUUUACGAGAAAGUUCCAGAGAAGGCUCAAUUGCUGUAUGUCAGUGUACUGCGCCCAGACCUAUUGGGGUGGCGGAAUCGCUCAGAUACCCAACCCUUUGCAAUGGCCUCAGCUUCGGAAAAGGCGACGCCACCACACCCACCUUCCGCCUCUUGCUUCUCCUCCGCCCCCGACUCCGCCGCCAUUCCCCGCGCCGCCUCCGCCGACCUCCCCCUCAUUCGCCCCGUCGAUUCCUCCGCCAAUGCUGCUAAGGGAGUCGCUUCAAUGCCAAGGGCCCAGUCAAGCCACCCUUUGGACCCUUUAACUGCCGCUGAAAUCUCUGUGGCUGUGGCAACUGUGAGAGCUGCUGGAGCUACUCCUGAGCUUAGAGAUAGUAUGCGCUUCAUUGAAGCAGUUUUACUGGAGCCAGAUAAAAAUGUUGUUGCGCUGGCAGAUGCAUACUUCUUUCCACCAUUCCAACCAUCAUUACUUCCAAGAACUAGAGGAGGACCGCUGAUUCCAACUAAACUUCCUCCAAGAUGUGCUAGACUUGUUGUUUACAAUAAGAAAUCAAAUGAGACAAGUAUAUGGAUUGUUCAAUUGUCACAAGUACAUGCAGUAACUCGAGGUGGUCAUCACCGAGGAAAAGUAAUUUCAUCACAUGUUGUUCCUGAUGUUCAGCCUCCAAUGGAUGCUGAGGAAUAUGCCGAAUGCGAAGCUGUUGUCAAAAGUUUUCCCCCAUUUAUAGAGGCUAUGAAGAAAAGGGGUAUUGAAGACAUGGACCUUGUAAUGGUUGAUCCCUGGUGUGUUGGUUAUUACAGUCAAGCAGAUGCUCCUGGGAGAAGACUUGCUAAACCACUCAUAUUUUGUCGAUCUGAGAGUGACUGCCCCAUGGAAAAUGGCUAUGCCCGCCCAGUUGAGGGCAUCUAUGUUCUUGUUGAUAUGCAAAACAUGGUGGUGAUAGAGUUUGAUGAUCGUAAACUUGUUCCCCUUCCGCCGGUUGAUCCCUUGAGGAACUAUACUUCUGGUGAAACCAGAGGGAGCUCUGAUAGAAGUGAUAUAAAACCCUUGCAAAUUAUUCAGCCUGAAGGUCCAAGCUUCCGUGUCAAUGGGUACUUUGUUGAAUGGCAGAAGUGGAAUUUUCGUAUUGGAUUCACCCCCAAAGAAGGUUUGGUUAUAUAUUCUGUUGCAUAUGUUGAUGGUAGUCAUGGGCGAAGGCCUGUUGCUCAUAGGCUGAGUUUUGUGGAGAUGGUUGUUCCCUAUGGUGAUCCAAACGACCCACAUUACAGAAAAAAUGCUUUUGAUGCUGGGGAAGAUGGCUUGGGAAAAAAUGCGCAUUCCCUCAAGAAGGGAUGUGAUUGUUUGGGCUACAUUAAGUAUUUUGAUGCUCACUUCACAAAUUUCACUGGUGGAGUGGAAACAAUAGAAAACUGUGUAUGUUUGCACGAAGAGGAUCGUGGAAUUCUCUGGAAGCAUCAAGACUGGAGAACUGGCUUAGCAGAAGUCCGUAGAUCUAGAAGACUUUCAGUAUCUUUCAUAUGUACCGUGGCCAACUAUGAGUAUGGAUUUUUUUGGCAUUUUUAUCAGGAUGGAAAGAUUGAAGCUGAAGUUAAGCUUACUGGAAUUCUCAGCCUAGGAGCCUUGCUGCCUGGAGAGUUUCGAAAAUAUGGAACUAUGAUUGCACCUGGUCUAUAUGCACCAGUUCAUCAACACUUCUUUGUUGCUCGCAUGGACAUGUCUGUUGAUUCUAAACCUGGUGAAGCUUUGAAUCAGGUUGUGGAGGUCAAUAUGAAAGUCGAGGAACCAGGUGAGAAUAAUGUUCACAAUAAUGCUUUCUAUGCUGAAGAGACUUUGCUCAGAUCUGAAUUGGAAGCCAUGCGUGAUUGCAAUUCUUUGACUGCUCGCCAUUGGAUCGUAAGGAACACGAGAACAUGCAAUAGAACUGGUCAGUUGACAGGCUACAAGCUGUUACCUGGUGCAAACUGCUUACCAUUGGCAGGCUCUGAAGCCAAGUUUUUAAGAAGAGCUGCUUUCUUGAAGCAUAAUUUUUGGGUAACAACAUAUUCACGCGAUGAGAUGUUUCCUGGAGGAGAAUUUCCUAAUCAAAAUCCUCGUGUUGGUGAAGGACUAGCUACAUGGGUUAAGCAGAACCGACCUUUGGAAGAAACUAAUAUAGUCAUUUGGUAUGUAUUUGGAAUCACACAUGUUCCACGUUUGGAAGACUGGCCUGUUAUGCCAGUAGAGCACAUUGGUUUCAUGCUCAUGCCUCAUGGAUUUUUCAACUGUUCCCCUGCUGUGGAUGUUCCGCCAAAUGCAUGUGAAAUGGAUUCUAAAGAUAAUGACAUUAAGGAUAAUGGUUCUUCCAAACCAAUUCCUAGUGGGUUAACGGCAAAGCUUUAGGAACUUGUCCCCACAAAGUUAUGGCUCAUUGCUGCUGAUAGGGAGAAACACACGUACUAUUUUGCAUCAACUGAAAUAUGAAGUUUGAGCACAUUAUAUUUUUUAAAUUAGAAUAUUAAUAAAUUCAAUCGUGAUUUCGUGUAUGUUGGAAAGCUUGCUGCUGGUAAUAUUCGUUUCAUUUUCUUUGUACCUGAGAAUUCUGGUUUCAAAUUUGACUCUAAAUUUUAGUUAUAAAAAAACAAAAUUGACGAAGUGCUCGUAAUAAAGCUAUCGAUAUGAAGUACUAUUUGGUUUGAAAAA